ACGUAGACUCGGCUUGUUGCCAUCGCCCCUCAUCAACACCAGCUUCUGUUCAGCGCUGGCAUCCGCGAGUUGUCAAAAAGCAGCGCAGGGCGCCUUCUGAGCCAUCGCUUUGAAUGCGAGCAUGAGUGAGGGUGUGGCGCCUUCGCAGUCGCCAUCACCGGCCAUGCCCGGCCCAAUACCUUUAACACUGAUCGUCGCGUGCUCGCCAAAGAACGGCAUCGGCAAGGGUGGCACCUUGCCCUGGCGUCUCAAGCGUGAGAUGGCCUACUUCAAGCAGGUGACCAGCGCUUGUGGGCUAGGACUGCCUCCUCCGCAUCCUGAAUCUGGGGACAGUUCCUCUCUCACAAAUGACAUCAGCCGGAAGAACUUCCUCAUAAUGGGACGCAACACGUGGGAGAGCAUACCGCCCAAGUUCAGGCCGCUGGCGGGCAGGGUAAAUGUUGUCAUCAGUAGGACGGCCGAUGCGAGUUCCUUGGGAAUUGAUGCAUCAACAGACUCUCAUCUAUCCUCAAGCAUCUCCGAGGCAUCGGGCUUGUUGGCCUACGCCCAGGAAUCGGGACAGAAAAAAAGCUCACCGCGGGCAUUUUUAAUAGGUGGAGCGCAGCUGUACAACCACUUUUUGCGCAAUCCGACUAGCGAGGGGUUCGAUCUUGAACGCCUUCUCAUCACCCGCAUCAAAUCACCGGCAUUUCCGGACUGCGACACAUUUCUGCAUGAAUUCCGCAGCGAGGCACAGAUCGCACAGGACGCGGCAGAACCAUCGGGUAACAUAAUCAGCUCCAUGUCGAAUGCUACAGCGCCGCCCACGACGACAUGGAGCAAGGCGCCACAUGCGGAGCUGCUGGCGUGGCUGGGGGACGCAGCGUCCGAGCACGUGAAAGCGGGCGCAGACCAGACCGAAGGCGAUGUAUCGUACGAGUUGCAAAUGUGGACGCGGUCAUGAUGUGCA